GUGAUGCGGGCCCUCUCCCCGGAAGCCCGCCAGGAGCCUUUAGGACCCGCUGGUGGGAAAGGAGCUGUCCAGCCGUCCCUCGCCAAGCGGCCUGCACGCCGCUCCCUCCUCCUAGGUCCCGACCCUAGGCUCCGGCCUCCGCAGCCGCCUGCGCAGAGCCUUCCGGGCCGGGCCACCGAGAGGCCACCGUGGGAGGACCACGGCGCGAGGUUUCUCCUCCUCCCGCCCGCCCCAGGGCCGAGGCCGUUGCCAGGGAGACGGAGCUUGCAGUCCAGAGGGGGCUCGGCUCUUUCCGCGACUGGCGCAUCUUCGCUGUUCGGACCCCGCGGCCUCGCCACCCGAGAGAGACGGAGAGGCGGAGGCGCAACGGGAGGCUCCCAACCCACCUGCGGGCCAGGGCCACGACACCAGGGGGACAAAGACACCCGGAACCACCGCAGCUGCUGCUGCCACCACCACCGGAAACGCCUCUCCGGAAGAGCGACCACUGGUCGGAAGCUGCCACUCUCCCGGAUAUGGGCUGCCGUCUCAGGUAUGAGGAAGAAAUUAGAAAUCCACAUCAGUAACUGUUCAUUGUGGGGUGAAGAUCAGUGCCAUCCUUCCAGUGACACCCAAAACACCAACCCUUUGGAUGAAUGAUUCCAUCAGAUAGAAGUCAGAAGUCUAACAAAGAUUGCAUAAACAUUCUGCAACACUCUGACACAUUCCCAUACUAAACAUGCUCUGUGAGCACCUGAUUAAUAAGUCAGUUCACAUUGCCUAUGGCCAGAGAUUUCUGAUGAGGAGGAAGUGCCCCGGAAGAGUGCUGGAACUACACUCAAGGACCUCUUGGGGAACCAGGGCUCCUUGCCUUAGAGAAGGACUUGGCCUUCACCUUGAAGAAGAGCAAGCACCAAUAGCUUUUCCUGGCAGUGCAGAGAAGCAGCAGUAAGCCAAAAUGGGAGGGACUUCUUGGCAAAUCCUCUCCACCCAAGGUCACCAGGUAUACCAAGAGGUCAUACAGAAAGAUUUUUUGCUCGUGGCUUCUUAACCACCAGUGUUGGUAUAAAGGUCUUCCGUUGGGAAUGGCAUGGAGUCCUGUCAGAGAGGUUCCUGAACUCCAUCCUAUAGAAAAGCAAAGGAACGUUAGACUGGAAGAAAAAGAAAACAGGCAUAUGAAGCCUUGCUUACCUUUUGAGAAGAUGCCAACCAUGACAGACUUCAUCCACAGGAAAAUACUUUGCCUGGCCCUAAAUUUCAGUGUUAAGGAGUGAGGGCUUGUCACAUGAGGAUGAACAUAUUGCCCACAAUCUGGUUGUGGCUUCAAGAAGGCCACUGUCCCCAAUCUCAUGUCAUCUUCCCUCUCUUCACCAACAAAUGGGGCAUCUUAACUACUCUUGUUACCUGAAGUCUCUUCUCCUAUACUUUGUCUCACCAAUUCCAUAGGGACUAAGAUGACAACUGUCAAGAUGGGACAAUAUCAACAUCCUGGCCCAUCAAUCUCUCCCCACUGCCUUAACUUGAAUUACACACAAGACUCACCUGGGCCCAGAACUAUCAGGAAGAACAGGAGGCUCAGGAAGUCGAGAGCUCCUCCAGCGGAUCCGAUUGAGCAGAACCUUGACCUUAUCCCAGUGGGAAAGAUCCUGCUGAGCAAAGAAUAGGGCUCAUCAUACAGAGCAUCUAUAUUCUAUACAUCUCUAAUGAAGCUACCAGGACUUUCACUGUGACAGCAAAUCACCUGGAAUCCUGUCGUUUCCCUAAAGCUCUGACUUGGGGGGUGGGGCACUUACACAUUCCCAUGUUCUCCCACCCUGCACCAUUCUACCACCUGUUCCACAUAUAUCCAUCACUACCUUGGGCUCCUGGGAGGGCGGAAGGAUGUGGGUAGGUUCCAGCAAAGCCUCUGGCAGCCUGGAGGGGCUGGUGACAAGCACCCCCACCUCUGGAAGUGAAGCUGCCUCUGCACCUUCUGAAAGAGAACUACAUCAUCUGGGGCCAGAAACAAGCAGGAAGCAACCCCACUAAGCUACAAUUCAGGGGUCUGCUGAUGGGACCCUGGGCAGGCACAUAGGCAGCAGAAUGCAGGUGAAGACACAGUUGUCCCUUACCUGGGUCCUUUGUCUGGCUCAGCUCCUCUCUGUGCCCCUGGACCAUAUUGUCUGGGAUAUGCGAUGAUGAAAGAGCUGGAGCCAAUACUUCCUCCUCAGGCUCCUGAGACAAGCAAGAUGGAACAAGCCAAGACUCACUCAAAAGCUGAGGCUGUUCCAAAGGCAUUCGUGCUCCAGGGGUCCCACCCUUCCCCUGCUUUCCUCUCUAACUGACCUGACCACCUGCACCUGUCCAUCACUUACCCUAGAGGGUCUCUGGGUCUGCAGCUGCAGCUGCAGGUACAGCUGCUGGAGCCUCGCCAUCUGCUCCAGCACAAGGCACAGGUGUUCCAGGUAACGCAAGCCCUGACCUGGAAGGCAGGUACAGGCUCCAGACUCCAUAUGAUCAACCUGUGGGACAUGUUAAGGUAGGAAGACCUUCAGAGUCAGCCAAAACUCCCAUUCUGGGUAGCCAGGCUGUGCCGAACCAACAAAAUGGGACACAGCAGACAAGCCAAGAAAGACACACUUGGCUGGCUUCCCCAGUGGUCAGCUGAGCAUGGCACCCAUACCUGUCUGCAUCUUCUGUGGGGGUGGCUACAUACUGCUGGGUGCGAGGUGAGACAAAAAGCAAUGACACAACCAUCAAUUAGGGGCAAGGAACGCCCCACCCCGAGAGAGCUCCAGGGAAAAUGGGGGGAAGGGUCCCCAUGAGCCACACCUCAGGGCUUUCUCCACCCCACCCCACUCCACUCCACUUUAGCCAAGAUGAACACUCACCUCCUUUGCUUCUUCCAGACCAGCCUCUAGCUCAGUGUCUGCCUCUGUGGACUCCAGUUCUCCUACAAAGAUGGGCACUCCACCUACAGGCUUGCUUAGCAGCUGCAGGGAGCCAUGCCGCCCAGACAAGCUGGGAAACUCUCGAGAUCUCUCCAGCACCUGUUCCAGCUUCUGUCUGGCCAGCAGACGGUCUAGCUGGGCAGGAGGCAGCUCAGGGCUCCCCAUGGGCUCAAGGUUCAGAGAAUCUUGAGAAAGUCCUGACAAGGUAGCCAAAGAGCUGUCCCCAACUACCAUCUCCAUGCCCGAGUCCUGGGAAGCCAAUUUCAGAAGUGGCAUCUGUCUCUCCAGACCCCUCAGCUCACUCCGUCCCUCCCUGAAGUCCAGUGAACACCCGGGAGUUUUAUCUGGUAUCCGUCUGUAGGUGCAGGUGACUCCUGGCACCACACAGCCUUGUGCCAGGUCCUCAAAGGCCCCAUCUGUAAGGAGAAUUUGUAUCAAGCUGGGCAGGAUGCCCUCAACACCCCCAGCAUUCCUAGCACCCGGCAGCAUUCCUAUACCAGUGGUGAACAAGGACACAGGACAUCCACAUCCCCACUGAGAUAAAGUUCCACCCUUGCUUAGAAGGUGUCUAGCUAGUGUUCUUCUAACAAUUGUUGACAGCCAACAAACACACACUUUGAGCAUGUGGUAGGCAAAGUCCUGGCAAGGUAUGACAAUCUGCAAUGCAGAUAGCUUAACAGACCCUUAACUAAGGUUCACCCGAAACAAGUCUAAUGCCACGGACUUCUUGGAUAUGGGAGGGAGAAAGAGCAAGGUGAAGGUUACACAGUGCUAUCUGGAGUCCCUGACACACCAGGAAGCAGGAUGAGGUAUCUCCUGGAGUUUAUGAGGACACUGGUAAAAAUGACAGCAGCUGGGGCUGGGAUAUGACACUGUGAGAGCUUUCAGAGCAUGCGCAAGACACUAGGUCCCAUUCUCACACUGCAAAACAGAAAUAGCAGCAGCAGCAGCAACAAAAGCAAUAGCAAUUAUAAUCAUUUAGAAGAAUUUUGGUUUUUUAAGCAAGAAAAGAUGAUCAUGUGACAAAUGGGGAGAGUUAUGGGAGUUGGAUUCAUGAUUCAGUAUUUUAAAAUACUACUUUUCCAGAAGACGGGCAUUAGGUGGGUGAUGGGUUCCCAGCACCUACAUGAAUGUUCAUAACUCCAGUUCCAAGGGAUCUGAGCCCUUCUUUUGACUUCCCUGGCCAGUUCACACAGGUAAAAAAGACAAAAGUCCAAAUUUUAAACAACAAAAAAAAACUUUUAAAUAUAAACAAAGUUAAUAUAAACAAGGAAA